AUGGCUGACGAAGAUACAGAAAGACGAGAAAAAGUUAAUUAUGGAAGAUUAACACUCAUCUUCUUGGGAACCUAUUGGAAAAUAUUGUUUGCCAUUCUCUGGCCUCUACUUCUAUUACCACCUUUAAUAAUUUAUAAUUAUAUGGAAGUUAGAUGUGCUUUCGUUGUAUUGAUAAUGGCUGGAUAUUGGAUAACAGAAGUAUUUCCCAUGGCAAUCACCUCACUAAUACCUAUUGUACUUUUCCCCUGUUUUGGUAUACUUAAUACAGCCGAAACAUGUUCCUGUUACAUGAACGAUACGAUAAUGGUCUUCAUAGGUGGCUUAAUACUCGCCGUAGCCAUCGAACAUUGCAACCUGCAUCUUAGGAUUGCCCUUGGAGUUAUGAAAAUAGUCGGUUGUAGUCAUAGUCGACUACUUGCUAGUCUUUGCGUAGUCACCACCUUUAUAUCCAUGUGGGUUUCAAACACAGCCGCGACGGCUAUGAUGUUACCGAUUAUCUUCGCUGUUCUUAGAGAAUUAGAGGAGGUCUGUGACUUCUUGAUCUUACCAAUGGUAUAUAUAUUGGUAAAUUUAUUAUCGUUGAUACUACUUCUCAGGCUGGAUUUGGUAGGAUGUUCUACAAUAAAACCAACAAAGAUCACUAUGAGCUAUCUUCUAAUAACCGCAUAUUCUGCUACUUUUGGUGGAACGGGAACUCUCGUUGGUACCGGAACAAAUCUUACAUUCAAAGGAAUUUAUGAGAGUACCUUCCCUAUGACCGAUGGAAUCAAUUUCACCGCUUGGAUGAUAGCUUCGUUUCCACAAAUGGUCCUUAAUUCUUUUUGCACCUGGCUCUACGUCCGAAUAGCUUUUUUGGGAUAUUUAAGACCAAAGAGUAAAGAUGCCUUGGCAGCUACAAUAGGCAAAGAAGGCGAAAUAAUUGCAAACAAUGUCGUAAAGGAGCGAUAUUCAAAUCUAGGUCCCAUCUCGUUUCACGAAAUAGGCGUUGCUUUACUGUUUAUAAUGUGUAUUUUCUUAUGGAUAUUUAGAAAACCUGGUUUCAUCAUUGGAUGGUCCGAAUAUAUAACAGAUAUAGAAGUAAAGGAUUCGACACCAGUUAUAUUUGCUUCAAUUCUUAUGUUCUUCAUACCAAAAUAUCCUGCUUUUAUUCAUUCCUGGAGCAAAGAUCCUACAAAAAGACCAAUCAAAUCAUCGGAAGGCUUGAUAACUUGGAAAGUCAUUGAAAGUAAAAUGCCAUGGAGCUUAAUGUUUCUACUAGGUGGUGGCUUUGCAAUUUCGAAAGGAAGUGUUCAUUCUUCCUUAGCCAGACUAAUCGGUCAAUCUCUUACACCACUUAAAACUUUACCACCUAUUAUUAUAAUGGCAUGCAUCUGUUUUUUCGUGGGUAUGAUUACAGAAUUUACAUCGAACGUGGGUAUCGCCAAUAUAACAUUGCCAGUUAUUGCUCAAAUGAGUAUAGCCAUGGAAUUACAUCCUAUGUAUUUAAUGGUACCAGCUACGUUAAUGUGCUCAUUUUCAUUUCGUCUACCAGUUGGUACCCCACCAAAUGCUCUCAUAACAGUCGCAGGUCAUAUUCCAACUAAAUGGUUGAUGCUCGCAGGAUGUGUACCUUCUCUUUACAGUUUAUUAAUACAAGUACUUUUAUUCCCAAUAUGGGGCGUCUAUAUAUACGAUAUUUACGAAUUUCCUGAUUGGGCUAGGCAACCACAAGAAGAAGAGAAUUGA